GCGCGAAGGUCUGUGUUAUGCGACGGACGAACGGACGGACGGAUCUUCUAAUCUAAGAGGUGCCGUGGCGUGGAGGCGAGGAGGGAGCGGUGGAAAGGGGAGAGAGGCGCGCGCUGGCGGCGGUGCAGUGUGUGUCGAAGUUUUACCUUGCUCCAGCCGCGCUCGGCGACAAUAAUAGACUUGGCUGGAACCUGCGAUUUUCUCUGCGCGCGCGCUGAUGCUACGCACACUGGCCACAGCCGAUUAAAUAAAUAGGAUCGAGUGUAUAGAGAAUAGACGGAUUGCUGCCUGCUGAGUGCUCUGCUGCUGACUAAUAUCUCUGCAGCGCGCACCUAACCUUUGAACGUUAUUCAAUGCGCGCAAUUCCAUUUCUUCGGCCGAGUUUUGUCCUGGCUCCUUUUUGAGCAACUGCCCUGCGUACUAUCUGUUGCGCGAGCUUGCGACCGAGACUGGACGAUAAUGGAGGGACAGCAGUUCUGUUUGCGUUGGCAUAACUUCCAAAACACAUUGCUAAGCUCCUUACCAAAGCUGCUUGACGGAGGUUACUUAACUGAUGUGACUUUAAGCGCCGGCGGAAGGCACAUUCAUGCCCAUCGAUUAAUCCUUUCCGCCUGUAGUUAUUAUUUCAAAGAAUUGUUCAAGGAUUUAAAUACUCUUCAACAUCCUGUGAUUAUUUUACCUGGAAUGGAGUAUGCCAAUUUGUGCGCUCUUGUAACGUUCAUGUACAAUGGAGAAGUCAAUAUUUAUCAAGAACAACUUCCUGCAUUACUUGCAAUGGCUGACACAUUGCAUGUUCGUGGAUUAGCGGAUAUUGCUGGGAAAGCAUCCAGGUAUGAAAAUAAUCAAACGAUCGACCCGCCGCCUCCACUUGAAGAGACAAAUUUCCACUUAGCCGAAAAAUUCGAAUCGCCAGCAAAAAACGAUCAGAAGGAACAUGAGGAGAUUUUAACACCAGAGCCUCACGAGGCAAUGGAACCAAUUGCUGCAGACUUUCCUUCAGAAAAUCUCGAACGAAAUCUCGAAACUGAAUCUGAAUCUAAUAAUGUUAGUGAAAUUAAUGAUCUCCCAUUUAGUGUAAAAACCAAACCUUAUUACUCUAUCAAUGCUAAGUUAAACCAACGAGAGAAGAAACCAAACUUCAAAAUUGAUAGUGGGCACUCAAGUAACGCUCUAAAAGAGGAGUGCCAAAGCCCCUUACUAGAAAAUGUAAAACCAUUAUUAACUGAUACAAACUUCAAAUCAUUUCUCAGUGGUUCAACAACUAGCAGAGCUUCUCAAAGCUGUAACAAGACAAGUGUCACUUGUCUAAUCUGCGGGAAACAGUUAAGCAAUCAAUACAAUUUACGAGUUCACAUGGAAACACACAGCAACAGCUCAUACAGCUGUGCAGCAUGCUCACAUGUGUCUCGAUCUAGAGAUGCAUUGAGGAAGCAUGUGUCCUAUAGGCAUCCUGUAAAUGCUGCACAAAAAAGAGCGAGAUAUAGUUCAACAAAACCUUAACAUAUGCUGAAGAGACUUUUAUUGCAGUGUAAAGUGUUUUCAUUAGAAAAAAAAUCCUUUCCACUGAAAUUGGAAACAUAACUUCAAAGUAGUUGAAAGUUCAACCCGAAUUUCACUACAACAGAGGUCGAUCAAAGGUCAUUUUUACUGGAAAUGACCAUGGUGAUAGCGAAUUGACUUUGCAUGUAAUGAAAGAAGAGCAAGGACAUUUAUUUAUUUCGUGGGUAAUAAAUGAUAACGUGAAGUACAUGUACACGUUUUAAUACGAUAUCAACGAGGAAGUUUGAGGUUAUGUUUAGAAGGAGAGGCAAACAAAAGUUCCUUGAAGACCCCUUAGUGUUCAUAUUGUUAUUGCUUGUUUGCUCAAUUGUUAUCGUUAAUUCGUUUUAAUUUAAGACGGAUCUCGUUUUAAGAUUGUUUUAGUCAUGGAUGGUUAAGAAUGAGUUCCAACAAAGUUGGAAUUUACAAUUUCUAUUUGUUAUAUAAAAAGUAAUGAUGAUACAAAAUUAAUAAUAACAUUCUUAUAUGAAAAUGAAGAUUUAAUAACAGAAGAGACCAAAACAAAAGAUUAAAAUUUUUCAAAAAAAUAAUAUUUAAAAUAAAAAUUCACACAGUUUACAAAUUUCAUUUGAAACUUUUCAAUGAAAAUCCUUAUAAGUUUGACUAAUUAAAUAUUUCAAUAAUUGUAUAUCAAGUAUUGUAUUAAAAAAUAAUAUACAAUGCAAUUGCGAGCUAGGAAUCAGUGAGAAAUAAAUAAAAUGCAUCCGUUGUUAAUAAAGCUGUUCCUUGUAAAACAGAUUAUUUUUCAGCUCAAUCAGAUUUUCUCCACACGCCAUAUUUUUGUGUUGCAAUCUUGCCCAACAGAAAUGACAGUUUCUUCAUCUAACCACACAAGUUGAGUGAUUUGACUCUGUGAAUGAGCAUCUAGAAACGAAUUUUGUCCUUAGCUAGAUCUAAUAAUUUAUAAGAAAGGAAUAAUUUCAAUGUUUUAUCUUACUCUUAAUGAUCGUGUGUUUUGCGGGAUUAGUAACGCUCCAAAUAAUAAUUGUUGUGUCAAGACUUCCACUUGCAACCAUUGAAGACUCUGGAUUCCAUGCUACAGUAUUUACUCUUGCAUUGUGGAAGCCCCAUUCCUUAUUGUGUGCCAACUAAACAUAGAAUAAAAUUUAUUUUUUAGUA